AUGUCCUCAAACAACACCACUACUACUAAAAACCCCAAAGCCAAAUCCCAAUUCCAAUCCCAAUCCCAAACACAAGAAGAAAGACCCCAUCUAUCCGCCAACUUCGCCCACCCAUCAUCGCAAAGAAUCGACUACGAUCAUGAAGUCUACCUCCAUCUAAUGUCCGGGGAUGAUGGUGGUGAUACCCGCAAGGACAAGAAUAAAAGCAAGACGCCCAAUCAGGUGUAUAGGGAGAAUAUCGUGCGAAGACAUACGACUCGCGCGCUGGAUCCGGCGGUGGUGGACCCUAAUGCGCAGAGGGAUCCGAGUCCCCUUGAUUUGGAGUGGGCGGAGAGUCAGAGGGUUAGGGAGAGGUUGGUGGGGAAUUGA